AUGGACAUGAACGCACCACCCGCAUACAUGGGCAUGUCCUUCACGCCCACCAUCCACUCCAGCGUGCCCCCGAACCUCGACCCCUCCAAAGUGACCCUCCCCGCCGGCUUCGUCGCCGCCAUCACGGGCGCAGGAAAAGGGCUAGGAUACCAAAUGGCGCUCUCGUUCGCGCGAGCAGGCGCAACCGGAAUCUCCAUCUCCUCGCGCACGGGACCCGACCUCGACGGCCUCGAAACCGCCAUCCACGCCAUCGACCCGAAAGUAAAAGUCCUCAAGACCAUCUGCGACACCACCUCUUCAACCGACGUCGCGCGCCUCGCCUCCGACAUCGCCUCCACCUUCGACAAAAGACUCGACGUCCUGAUCGCGAACGCCGGCAUAAUAUCCAAGCACCUCUCCCCUUCAACCACCCCCACCAGCACCACCCGCCCCAUCUCCUCCAACCUCCCCAUCGGCAUCCUCGAAGACACAGACUGGCAGCGCGUCCUCACCACCAACCUCCACGGCACCUGGCUAACAAUCCAGCACCUCCUCCCCCUCCUCAUCUCGCCCGCCAGCCGCGCCGCUUCCGCCCCGGCAACCAUCAUCGUAUCCUCCUCCCUCGCCGCACACUCCCCGUCCUCCCUCCUCUGCCCCGUCGCAUACAACAUCUCCAAAUUCGCCGUGACCCGGCUCGUCGAGCACAUCGCGUCCGACCACGCGCGGGACGGCAUCCAAGCCUUCGCAUUACACCCAGGCGCAGUGCUAACGCCCCAGACUGUCGGCCACGCAGCGGAGGGAGGCGUGUGGGAGGACCUGCUCGGCGACGACGAGGCGCUGGCGGGGGCGUUUUGCGUGUGGUUGAGUAGGGAGAGGAGGGAGUGGUUGAGCGGGCGGCUACGGGUUGGAUGGACCCCGGAUUCAUUGAGUGCUUGGUCAAUUGAUAGGGAUUGCAUCUGCUGGUUAUGUCUUAAUCUGAAGGUUUGUGAGAAGAUCUUCGUUGCUGGUACUGAACAACGAGACGGGCUCAACGAACUCAAAGCAUGCUCCUCAGACAGACAGACAGAUAGUGGACAGACGUUCGUCAGUAAACGACACUAG